CACCCCUCCGGAAAAAUGAGGUCCACUUUUUCAGAUUCCGCAUUGUCGCCGUCCAAUCAGAUAUCAAAUAAUUGGUUUGUGAGACACCCUAAAGAGAAAAGCAGGCUGAGAUUGGGCGUCAGAGGUUUCGAAGAAGCAUCGACAGCAUCACAUACAAAGAAAAUGGCCGACAAAGGAGACGUAUCCAUCGAUUAUAUCAUAAAAAACUGCGCCGCUUUCAAAAAUGGCGGCUGCCCUUACAAGGACGAGCGUCUGAAAGGCUUGGCUGGCAAAUGCCCCAUGUUCCGCGACAGCAAAGGGAACUUCAUUUGCCCUUUUAAGGAGCGCGCUGCUAACACAUACGAAUUGCGUGCUUUGAUGUUGGAGAUGAAGGAGAAGUGCCCCGCGAAAGCCGCUCACUCCAGGUUCUUCCAGGCUCUGAUGAAAAUCAACGAGAAAACGGCCGCGAAAAUUGGUCAUUGUCCCUACCACCAGAAGGGCUGCAAAGUCAAUAACAUCCCUGUCUUUGACCACUCAGUUGCAAAGUGAGCUGAACAACACAGCGAAAGGACCAAAAGAUUGACAUCACGUAAACAUGGACUGGCCUUGGACUGUUUUUAUUUUGUUUUAAGUUUCCUUAUUGAAUGGGACUGCUGCAACUCUUAUGAAUCUUUAGUUUUGUGUGUAGUCACGUCUGCUUUUGUGGACUCAGGCUGUUUUGUGAGUAAAAUACGCAAGGUCUCAGAGCAUGUACGUAACGUUGAUUGGUAUUUUUAUAUUUUUAUUGGAAUAAAAGCAUUCAUAUAUUA